UUGUGGCGCAAAACAAUUCUGGAAGACAGUGAAACUCUCAGUUGGCAGUUGAUGUGGAAGCCAUGGCUCUUCUCAGUGCAAAGCUCUCUCCUUCGCCUUUCACCUUCUCUAUUGUCUCUGCAUCUAAAGAAGCAAACACAAACCCAAAACCAUUGAAGCUCAGAGAAGAUUGGAGGCAGAAAUCCAAACCCAUUCCUCCUGGUGGGACCUACCCAGCUAAGGACCACUGCAGCCAUUGCGGGUUGUGUGAUACUUAUUACAUAGCCCAUGUUAAAAAUGCUUGUGCUUUCUUGGGGGAUGGCAUGUCUAGAAUUGAGGCCUUGGAACCUGUUGUACAUGGCAGAGGAAGGAAAGUUGAUUCAUUGGAUGAGACUUAUAUGGGUGUCCAUGAGGAAUUAUUGUAUGCUCGCAAAACUAAGCCUUUGGAAGGAGCUCAAUGGACAGGCAUAGUGACAACAAUCGCAAUAGAGAUGCUGAAAACUGGUAUGGUGGAAGCUGUUAUAUGUGUGCAGAGUGAUCCGGAAGAUAGAUUUGCUCCUCGACCUGUCUUAGCGAGGACACCAGAGGAAGUACUAGCAGCUAAAGGCGUCAAGCCAACACUGUCUCCUAAUUUGAAUACUCUUGCUUUAGUUGAGGCUGCUGGUGUGAAGCGACUUCUGUUUUGUGGUGUUGGUUGCCAAGUACAAGCUUUAAGAUCGGUCGAGCACUAUUUGGGUUUGGAAAAACUUUAUGUUUUAGGCACUAAUUGUGUGGAUAAUGGAACGCGAGAAGGGCUCGAUAAGUUCUUAAAGGCUGCUAGUGAUGAACCGGAUACCGUUCUUCAUUAUGAGUUUAUGCAAGACUACAAGGUCCACCUGAAACAUUUGGAUGGGCGCAUUGAAGAGGUUCCCUAUUUCUGUUUACCAGCAAAUGAGUUAGUUGAUGUUAUUGCACCAUCCUGUUACAGCUGUUUUGACUACACAAAUGCCUUAGCGGAUUUGGUGGUCGGCUAUAUGGGUGUGCCAAAAUAUGCUGGAAUUAGCAUGACACAACACCCACAGUACGUUACUGUCAGAAAUGAGCGUGGAAAAGAAAUGCUUAGCCUUGUGGAGCAUCUUUUGGAAGUGACUCCUACGAUUAGCAGUGGUGACAGGAGGCCAUUUGUAACGGAAACAGUGAAGGCAGAUGACAAUGCCAAGUUGGGAAGAGGUCCUGCUAAGCCUGCCCCAAUGUUCGUUGGCAACUUGAUAGCAUUCAUCUUAAACCUCGUUGGCCCAAAGGGUCUAGAAUUUGCCCGGUAUUCGUUGGAUUACCACAGCAUAAGAAACUAUCUGUAUGUCAUCCGUGCUUGGGGAAGAGAAAGAGCUGAACUGCACAUGCCAUCGUAUGCAAAGCGAAUCGUUUCCAUGUAUAACCAGAAUGGUGAAAUCGAUCGAAUGCUUGAGCAGUGAUUGAGGACAUAAUUUUGAUAAAGAACAAUGCCAGGCCACAGCAGUUUGUACCAAAAACCAUCAAAUAUGACCUUUUGGCCUUUGCUGUAAUGCAGACUUCUGGGCAUGCUCAGUCUGAGGAUAUUGUUGUUAUGCAAACAAUUGCAUAUCAUAAUGUAAAUUUAUGCAUGUCACAGUAUUUCCAGGAA